AUCCGAAUCUUCCUCAUAGGGCUCAGUGAGAAAGUAUCAAGCUCCAUGGCUGAGCAUCGGGAACCAAAUCUCGAAGACGAUGGUUCGAAGUCGUACUCCCAGAAAAGGGUUGUCCUGAGAGAUUGGUGGUUGGUAAAAUGCCCAAAGGAAGUCGAAGGCAAACGAUUUGGUGUUGCCGGAAUCGAAGAUCCCGUCGAGAAAGGAGCAGUGCGUGUGUUUACAUCUUCUCCAAUCAUCAAAGCUUUAGAUGUUUUCACGCUCUUAGCAUCUGAUGGAAUCUAUAUCACUCUCCGAGGUUUUAUUAACAAGGAACGCCUUGUUAAAAAUGGGUUUACCCCUGAGAUUUCCCGUGAAUUCAUCUUCGGGUUUCCUCCUUGCUGGGAACAAUUUUGUAACAAUUGCUUUGGAGGAGGAGUCUCCUUAGGCACUGAUNNNNUUACUUAUAGUUCUCAUGUGGUUUGUUUUGCAGCUUCUUAUCCUAUUUUAUCUCCAUGUAAGAACAAUAAAGAGAAUCUAGAGGAAGAUAGUCCAGCAGAGGGAAGAGAUGAAAGCAAUGUGACUGACACGAAUGCAGCAGAGAUUACUACUAAUACUGAAGAUGGUUCUAGACCAAGAUAUAAAAUUACUGCAAGGAGAAAGUCCCUUCAUCUGCAAACAAGAUUUGGUGGAAAAAGUGUAGAGGACCAAAGGAUACUUGAAUCGAGUGAAGUCCACAAUACUACUAAUGAUGGAGAUCAUGGUGGUGAAGGUUUGGAUGAGGCUAAGAGCGGAAAUGUAGAAAAUGAUACUUGUGAGGCUAUCGAUAUAGGAGUGGUAUCGCCAGCUAAUGGAUCUGGUAGAAACCAUACUGGUGCAGAUAUUGUUGAUAAAGUAACAAGUACGAUUACUACUGCAGAAUCACUGACUUCAGAACAGCAAAAAAGUGAACUUAGAGAUGAAUGCGAGGUUUUCAAUCAUGAAGACGGUGAAAGAAAACUCGAUGACAGUACGAAUGAUGGAGAUCGUGGUAGUGAAGGUUUGGAUGAGGCUAGGAGCGGCGAUGUAGAAAAUGAUAACUGUGAGGCUAUUGAUAAUGGAGUGAUAUCGCCAGCUGAUGGAUCUGGUAGAAACCGUACCGAUGCAGAUAAUAAUGUGGUUAAAGUAACAAGUACAAGUGCUACUGGAGAACCACUGACUUCAGAAGAGCUAAACAGUGAACUUAAGGUAACAAAGGCAUCUCCACAUUCCCUGUUUAAAGACUUAGAUAAGAGUAGCAAACCUGGAAGGAAAGGAAUAUCGAAGAAAAGCCGCAAGACCCUUAAAAAAACCAGCAAUGUAGUAGAACCUAGUCAUUGUUCUGCGACCAAAGUCAAAAGUGCAGCGAACAAAAGGAAACCCCAGAAUCCGACUACUAAUGAUAAAGAUGGUGGUAAGGAAGGUGUGAAUAAUGCUAAGAGCGAUGACGUAGUAAGAGAUGAAUGUGUGGGUAUCAAUGAUGAUGUGAUAUCACCGGUGGAUGGAUGUGGUAGAAGGCAUUCUGGUACAGAUGGCGUUGGAAAACUAACAAGUACGGAUGCGACUAAAGAAUCACUGACUUCAGAAAAGCGAAAAGGUAGAGUGAAGGAAACAAAGACAUCUCUGCCUUCGAAAGACUUGAAUAAUAGCAGCAAGCCUGGAAAGAAAGCAAAUUCAAAGAAAAGCGAAAGGACUCUUAAAACAGACUUGCAAGCAGCUGAGGAGAACUUUCCAUGUGAAAGUGAAGAAAACUUGUCAUGGGGAAACACAAAGAGGAAGAUUGACUUUGAUGUGGAGGUAACACCGGAUAACAAAGUGAAGAAGCAGAAGACCAAUGCGGUGUCUACUGAUUCAUUGGGACAGAAACGGUCAAGAUCAGGAAGGGUGCUUGUGUCAUCACUAGAGUAUUGGCGCAACCAAAUUCCUGUUUAUGAUCUGAGUCGGAAACUUAUCGAAGUAAAGGGCGGUCAUGAAACUAACCCAACUCCAUCAAAAGGAAAAGGAUCUUAUCGUCGAAAGCCAAGAAGUUGAAAAUCAAAUACACUAUCUCAAACUUCGGUAACUAAUAUUAGGUUGUGGUCUCUUAGUCUGACCCUGUAAUUAUUUGGUUGGUCGUAAAAACUCUCCCAGGAUUUGUAGCUUUGUAAUAUAUAUUUAUGUUUUAUUUUGGUUGGUCGUAAAAGCUCUCAGGAUUUGUAGCUUUGUAACAUAUUAUUUAUGUUAUCGCGUUCCACUAAUAUCUCA